UGACCAUAAAGUAAAAAAAUGAAUUUCAGAUGCUUCGGUUGUUACUAUUUUUGUCUAUUUGCCUGGUAGGCAGGGGGGAGGAGAAUUCUCUACAGAAAGUCGAUGAUGAUGAGCUAGAUAAACUGAUCAAAGAAGAACAGUAUGUUGUUGCACUCUUUUGCGAAGAAACAGCAGUAGAUACUUGUGAGGAGUAUGAAGGGGAGCUUUCUAGUAUCAGAUAUUCUCCGACUCCAGUAUCUGUUGGGAUUGUUAUGUUCCGAAGUGGACUCCCUGUCCUGUAUGAUGGUCCAGCAAACGGAGAGGUUAUGAUAGACACGUUUUUGAGGUAUAAAGACCCUGCUGUACAGGAGUUAACAGACACCACAUUCGAGCAUCUAACUCAG